CUGGGCGUAUCAGGAAGUGCUGUUGUAAUUUUCAAAGCACUCGCCGAGGCCAGUUUUACCAUCGUCACUGGGGUUUUUUUACGCAAAAGUAACGGAUUCAUCAGGUUCAACUGACUCACUGACAAGCCAACGUUCUUUGAAUAUCACCGAAGAAAACGCACAGGUUUGUGAUUUUUGACCAACAGCCUGCACGAUGGAGGGCCAAAUGACAGUAGUGACCAAUCCCACUGUGAAUGUGCGCCUAACGAGCAUCAUCUCCUCCUUCGAGGUGCAGCGAAGGUUCAACAGGGGGAUCGUUAUUGCAGAACUGAAGGGAAAGUUGGAGAUGAUUGUGGGCGCACCUGCCUCCAGCAUGGACCUGGAGUUAUACAGUGUCUCAGACAAGUUCCUGCAGAAAAUGGACGACAAUGAAGCUUUGCUGGGCUCCUAUCCUGUGGAUGAUGACUGUAGGAUACAUGUUAUUGAUAGAAGUGGAGGCCAGAUGGGCGAGUUUACAGAUGUUUCCAAAGUGGAGAAGUUUGAAAUCUCAGAAGAAGCUUAUGAAAAGAAACCAGACUCAGCAAGGUCAUUCAUGAAGAAACACCGUAUCGGUCACUUCAAUGAGGAAGAAAAGGCCAAGAAGAAAGCCGAGCUGGCUGCUCAAGAAGAGGAACAGAGGGCUGCAGCUGAUGCCAUUUCUGUUGGCAGCCGAUGCCAAGUGCAGGUCCCAGGGCAACCACUGAAGCUUGGCACAGUCAUGUAUGUUGGUACAACAGAUUUCAAGCAAGGCAGUUGGGUGGGUGUGAAGUACGAUGAGCCCCUAGGAAAGCACAAUGGAACCGUUGAAGGGAAGCAAUACUUUGAUUGUGAGAACAAAUAUGGUGGAUUUGUGAAGCCCCUGAGCGUGACCGUGGGAGACUUCCCUGAGGAGGAUUAUGGUUUAGAUGAGAUGUAGGACUGUGUAGGUUUUUUUUGCCCUGUAUUUUAAGUGUCAAGCAUAAGUUAUUCAUUCACAAAUGUUGAAGGGGAAUCAUUGUUAUCAUUUUAACUGAUGUCUUUUGUUUGUCUUGUCCUUCUUUUGAAGGUUUCCUCCCAAGGCAUUUUAGCCUCAAUAACUUUGAUGCAACACAACAGAAGUGAAUGUCAGAUAUUGGUCUGUUGGUGUAGUGGAUAUGAUAGUAAUACAGGAUAAAAAACAAGAGUAGCUCACACAAACAAGUGUUUGAUAAAGGAGACUAUUUCUUCAUGUGAGACAGCAAUUUCAUACGUAGUUCUUCACUCCACGCACUUAGUAACAUCAGUCAAUGGUUCAAGUCAUUCCAACAUUUUCCCAAACAAAUUGUCAAACAAGAAAUUCACAGUUAAAGAGGGAAAAAAAAUACCUCCCUGCAACAGUAGCCUUAAUAAUCCAUAAAAAAACAAAGCUGUUAUUGGUAUUUUGAGUCAGGGCUACCACCCCUUUAAACAAAAACUCUUGUUCCCAUUUGCUAUACUUGCAGUUGUCGUUGUUUAAAUAGGUGUUAAAUGCCUGGAAUAAGAGUGUAAACAUACAAAUGUAUACAUUUCCUCUGUGAACAUCUUUAAAUUCCUUAGUUUUCAUUUUGUGUUUAUUUUUGGUAUGUAAAAACAGUUAAAUUUUUAGGCUUCCAAGUCGAUACAAGAUGUAACUCUCCUUUUGUUUUUUUCUGACUGAAAAUUAAAUCGUCUGCACUUUAAUGUUUACCGUUUAUAUUGAAUCUCUGAAAUAAAAGGCAUUGAAAUGGCAGUUCAUCUACUUAAUGUGAGAAAAGGUCCUCUGUAUACAAAUGGACUGACAAAAUCCAAAAAUGUAUCCAAAAGUGUUUUCUGGAAAAUGUCCAUUGCAGUGUCCAAAAUAGUUUCAUUGGGGGCUGAAUCGUGUGAGUCCUUUUCUACGAGAGCUCAACCUGAACUGUUAGAUUGUAUGAAUACAUACAUUUAAAGUAACAUUAAAUUUUAAGUCAUUACCGACAGGCAUUUUGUCUUUCCCUAGAUUUCCAUAUAAGUACAACACAUAGAGUUUCAUGCUGUUUUAAGCUUUACAAUAUAUAGUAUUAGUCUUUGUUCAGGUUGGUGGCUUAAGUAAGACGUCAUGUAGUGGAGAUGUAAAAGUAACUUUGAGAGUUGUACCACUUUAUGCAUAGUUUUGAUUAGAUACCAUCAAUACCUAAUUGGUCAUCAGUGUAACAUUAUAUAUAUUAAAAAAACAAUGAACCCCUAAAAACUGUAAAACUUUGAAAUGAUGUAUUUGCUGCUCUUGUAUCUACAUAAAUAACAUUAUGUCGUGCUCACUCUGAAUUUACCAGUUCUUCUCUAUAGUCACAACAACACUCAGCGUUUGAUUGUGUCCAUUUGAACUGAAUGACAUGCCUCAUUAAUGAUUUAUCAUAUUUUAUUUUGUAUAUAAGUUGAAUUCUGCUACCAUGCCUUUUUUGUCGUCUAAAGAAAAAUGUCGAUGAAUAAUUUGUGUGGUUUCUUUUCAAGGAAAUGCCAGUACCACAUAUACAAAAGUGUGUUGUUCUCUUUUCUUUUUGAAAAGUUCUGAUAAUCUCAAAGGUGCUGGAUUACUUUGUGCCAAAGGGUACUGCAUGAUAAAAAAUAAUUGGUCACUACAGUAGCUUAUCAAAUUGAGUUGAUUUGCCUGUAUGUGUAAUGUAACAUGAACCAAUUAAACUCUGCCAGAAACUUGAUUUAUGGCACUUGGCAAUA